AUGGAGGAUUCAACUGCUAUGACAAUUGAAUUUCUUCGGGCACGACUGUUGUCUGAAAGAUCUGUCUCAAGAACAGCAAGGCAGAGAGCUGAUGAACUGGCCGUAAGGGUAGUGGAACUCGAGGAACAGCUAAAGAUUGUGUCUCUUCAAAGGAAGAAAGCAGAGAAGGCAACAGCAGAUGUUCUUGCCAUUUUGGAGAACAAUGGGAUAAGUGAUGAUUCCCAGGCUUUUGAUUCAAGCUCUGACCAGGAAGCAGAUCUUUCUGAAUCUAAAGUUGGUAAUGAUUCUGUGAAGGAGGAAAACUCAGUUAAUGUGAAAGAGAGAAGCAAUGAUAUGGAAGCAUUUUCGGGUUCUGAGGUUGAAUCUUCUCCAUCAUCUCAUAGAAGCUUGUCUUGGAAAAGUGGCAAAGAUUCUUUGCAUUCUCUUGAAAAGAAGAAACAGGUGGAUUUUACUGGGAGAAGGCGUAGCAGUUUUGCAUCAGCUGGCUCUUCUCCACCAAAACGGGCAGGUAAAUCAUGUCGCCAAAUAAGACGCAGAGAGACUAGGAACGGUUCAGCUACAAGUUCAGAAGGUUUUCUUAAUUGCUCUAACGGAGGUCUUCAGACCCUGAGGGAAGGGUCUCAAAACCAUAAAGAGAAAGAUUUACUUGAAGGUCCAGUAUCAGGGGACUUGAAAACCCAAAGAUUAAGCAAUGGCCACUAUUUCAAUGGACAUGGAGGACACAAGGACAUGGAAAGAGCAUUAGAACAUCAAGCACAACUCAUAGGUCGAUAUGAGGCAGAGGAAAAAGCUCAAAGGGAAUGGGAAGAGAAGUUCAGAGAGACGAAUGGCUGUCCACCGUGGUACUUGGUUGGCCAUGCUUGCAGGACUUUUUAUGAGUUGCUAUUACGUCACGACUGGAACGGUUCAGCUACAAGUUCAGAAGGUUUUCUUAAUUGCUCUAACGGAGGUCUUCAGACCCUGAGGGAAGGGUCUCAAAACCAUAAAGAGAAAGAUUUACUUGAAGGUCCAGUAUCAGGGGACUUGAAAACCCAAAGAUUAAGCAAUGGCCACUAUUUCAAUGGACAUGGAGGACACAAGGACAUGGAAAGAGCAUUAGAACAUCAAGCACAACUCAUAGGUCGAUAUGAGGCAGAGGAAAAAGCUCAAAGGGAAUGGGAAGAGAAGUUCAGAGAGACGAAUGGCUGUCCACCGGAUUCAUGCGACCUUGGGAAUCAUUCAGAUGUCACUGAAGAAAGAGAUGAGAUUAAGGCACCAGUUCCCAAGUGCUCUGCUGGGACAAUCACCUCUCAAAACCCAGAGGCAAAGUUCGGGACUCUAGAUACUUGUGACAGAGAAGAAUCCAAAAUUCCUAAUGGCUUUCAGUCUCCACCAGAGUUUGAUAUGGGAUGCUUACAGGAUCAGAAAUGCAGCAGUGCAAUUGCUUAUAAAUCCACAGCCUCACAUAUGGCCAAGGGGAAGCAUGAUAUGGAAUAUUCACAAAAUUGCCAUAGUCCACCUUUACAUAAUUCCCAUCAAUACUCAUACUUGCAGGAUACCGACAAAAACCAAUCUGCACACACUUUUUAUGCUGGAAGUUGCUUGAGCAAAGCAGAAGCUUCUGGAAGCAGAAAUCAGCUUGCUUUGAUUGUGCCUGACACUUCCGGUAAAUUGGAAUCUGUCCUAGAGGCACUUCAACAAGCUAAGGUAUCAUUAAAACAGGAACUCAACAGAUUGCCUUUUGUAGAAGGUGGAUCGGUUGGGAAAGCUAUUGAAGCUUCUAUUCCUGUUAUGAGAAGUGGGGACAGGUUGGAGGUUCCAGUUGGAUGUGCUGGGCUUUUUAAGUUGCCUACUGAUUUUCAGUUCGGAACCACUACUCCAGCCAAUGUCCUGGGUUCAGGCUCUCGACUAAGUUUGGCAAAUUAUUGUCCUGAAACAUCUGGUGACAAAUUCUUCUCCAGCCCUCGCAUGGAGUCUCUACCAAGAGCGUCUUUUGACAAUCGAUUCCUCACUAUUCCCACCAAUCUUUACUCGGAGAUGAGGCCACAAGUUCCUAGUCAGAUGCCUAUACCAAUGUUUGGGCCUAGCUUGGAUGCAGGUUUACCAUCAUCCGGUAGAUACACCAAUCUAAAUUCCCACUUGAGCACAGGUCCACCCUCUACAAGUAAUUACACCUAUCCCAUCCACCGUGACCUGAUGCCACGGAUGCCCUCUAAUGGAGGACUUUCAAGACCCUUUCCAAGUAGGGAAGUUGGGGUACCUCCUUCGACUCAAUUUUCUUUUUAUGAUGAUCAACUUCGGCCAAAUAUGUACAGAUAG